AUGGGGCCGGCAAAUACAACAUCAAGCAUCAAGCUAAGCACUAGUUCUCCCCUGCCUUACCUCUUCGGCAGCUUGGCUUUGGUGUUAAUUUUGAUAGCUUUGGCAUUGGUUAUGCUGGCAUGCUCCUAUAGAAAACGCUCCGCAAAUUCAUCAUCUAGUCAAGUUCAGCUAAAGCAAGAAAUGGCAAUGAACACAGUUCUUGAUUCGGAACCAAAAAUUGUUGUGAUCAUGGCCGGAGACGACAAGCCUACCUUCUUGGCAAAACCAGUCUCUUCUUCGAUAUGCCGCUGUGAACAAGUUUGA